ACGGUGACGAAGCGGUGCGCGAAAGCCAAUCGCAGUGGCGGAGGCGUUCCUCUUCAGCCAAUGGGGAGAGAGUAUUUCAGAUGCCCGCCGUGAGGCGGCCUCACUUUUGUUGUUAUUGCCGCCAGGUGAGGAAGAGGGAGCCGGAGCUGGCCCAGAUUUCUUGAAAUCCUGUGGCAAAGCUGCUAUUGUGAUGUACUAAAACUGAAUGAUGGCAACUAACGAGAGUGUUGGCAUAUUGAAUUCUGCCUAUUUGGCUGUAGAAUAUAUAGACUCGUUCCUGCCUGAGAAUCCACUGCAACAGCCAUUUAAAAAUGCUUGGGUCUCUAUGCUGAAUAACUACACUAAAUUCCAGAUUGCAACAUGGGGAUCACUUCUUAUUCAUGAACUUUCCUAUUUUUUAAUAUGUUUGCCUGGAUUUGUUUUUCAAUUCAUACCUUUUAUGCAAAAGUACAAAAUACAGCAGGAUAAACCAGAAACAUGGGAAAGACAGUGGAAAUGUUUCAAAACACUUAUGUUCAAUCACUUUUUCAUUCAGCUGCCUCUGAUAUGUGGCACCUAUUAUUUCACAGAAUAUUUCAAUAUUCCCUAUGACUGGGAAUCAAUGCCAAAAUGGUAUGUGCUGCUUGCCCAGUGUUUUGGAUGUGCCGUGAUCGAAGAUACCUGGCAUUAUUUUUUGCACAGACUUCUGCAUCACAAGAGGAUAUACAAAUACAUCCACAAAGUGCAUCAUGAGUUUAUUGCUCCAUUUGGAAUGCAAGCUGAAUAUGCCCAUCCUCUAGAAACCCUUAUUCUUGGGGCUGGAUUUUUCAUUGGAAUAAUGGUCUUUUGUAACCAUGUGGUGCUUUUGUGGGCAUGGGUAAUUUGCCGCUUGAUGGAGACCAUUGAUGUCCACAGUGGCUACGAUAUUCCUCUGAAUCCUAUGCAUUUGAUACCAUUCUAUGCUGGGGCUCGCUUUCAUGAUUUCCACCAUAUGAAUUUCAUUGGCAACUAUUCUUCAACCUUCACAUGGUGGGAUAAACUCUUCGGUACAGACUCUCAGUACAAUUCUUAUGCAGAAAAAGUGAAGAAACAGGAGCAUGUGUUGGAAAAGAAGACGAAAUAAAUGUUUCACUAGAAACAGAAGAGGGAGCAUCAAACAGAUGCAAAUGGCUGCCUUAUACUUUUGGUGAAAUCUGGAAGACCUAACAUAUGUCACAGGUUAAAGCAGAAGGCUGCUUUUAACAGAAGACUAAGAGCAAGCUGCUGAACCUUGGCUCUGUAGUCGGCAAAACCAUAAAUAGCUGCAUCUUCUUAAUAGAAAUACAUUUUCUAUUUUAUAUAUAAGUAAAAUAAUAUAAAUAAAAUAAAUGAAAAUAAAACAAAUCUGAUACAUUUGAAAGUUUGUAAGAGACAGUAUUGAUUGUAAUGGAACAGACUUGGUAUAAAUCUUUUGGAUAUAGAUGCUCUAAAAUUUGUAACUGGCUUUGCCAGUUUUCUGAACCAUGAAUAUCUGCACAAAGCUUUCCUGGGAACAAUACCACUGGAAGAACAGCUUUGGAGGAAAAAGUACACAGCUCAAUUUAAAAGCGUUUCCAGUAAAAGUAUUUUAAAUUUGAAAGAAUAAACAUUUUUUUCCAUGAUCUACAGGAGGCUUUUUACUCUAUUUUACUGAUUCUGCUUUGUUAUUAUACUUAGCACUAUACGUAUCUGUUUGCAAACUACUGAAUUGUUGCUAUAUUUUGCACUUGUGGUUGGCAAAGAAAUGUAGAGAUGAUCAACUUUUUCAUGUUUACCACGCAACAAAUAAAACUUACAUUGGGAUGCAA